AGAAAGAUCAUUUGUACAAUUUGCUAAAUAGAAAAAAAAAUGAAAUUAUUAAGAAAUAACAUUCUCAGUUGCCAGUCAUGCGUAGUUGCUAUGACACAGUAUUCAAAUUUCUAGGUACUGGCACGUUAAUACCAGUUCUGAUAUUCGUAGCCAGGUUUUUAAAAGUGAUAAUUUUAAUUUCUUAACUGUGCUAUGGGCGAUUAAUUUCGAGAAUAUUUUAAAAUAUGAAAACUUACAUUUUGUUGAGUGUUAUAGCAAUUUCUGUUAUAUUUUCUGCAAAUCAGCAUACGGCACAAGCUUGUGAAGAUGGUUGGUUUGGACCUGAAUGUCAAUAUAAAUGUCGCUGUCAACAACCCUGUAGUCCAGAAGGUGAAUGUCCAGAUAUGUGUGAAGUUGGUUGGUUUGGUUACAAGUGUCAAUAUAGUCUAAUAACGUACACGGCAACAGCCAAUCAAUCUCAAGAAGAUAUUACGGAAUUAUUAAAUGAUGAUGAUGAGACAACGUGCAUUGAUAUUGGGGAACAAUUGAUAGUUUUGGAUUUAAACAGAAUUUAUUAUAACCCAUGGAUUCGAUUAUUUACACCGCAACAAGAUUUAUUAUACAGUUUAAAAAUAUCUUUUCUGGACAGAAACUCGAUAGCUAUACUCGCAACAUCAAAUGAAAGAUUAUUAGUCAGAGAUAAUAUUGUAGAUAUCCACAUUUCAGUUAAUGAUAAUUUUAUAAACUACAUUCUAUUAGAAGGGGAAGUGAUACAACAGCUUUGUACUGUUUGGGUCAUAUCAGGUCAGAAUGUGGCGACAAAACAGAACGUCUACUAUAGUAAUUCAAGUAUUAAUCGUAUUGACACGAACCUACCGCAGUAUCCUCAAGCCUCAGAUGGAGUUUACACAUGUGACGAAAGCGACGCUGGACACACUGGGAAUUACUGGGAGAUUGUAAUGAACCCUUCAUUUGUUUUCAAAGAGUUUGAUUUCUAUGUCAACGAUGUUUUUGGCGUCUACAGAUAUUUCAUGUUUCAAGCAUUUGAUAACGACGGUGAAGUAUCCAAAACUUUCUCUUCUAAUGCCUGGCAAUCUGAUGAAGUAUACGGUAUCGUUGAUUAUUGGGAUAAUCCUAUAAAAGCGUUUACUUUUUUCGUGACAAAUUAUUCUACAAAUAAAACUUUGCCACUGUUACUCUGUGAAGUAGAGGCCUUUGCAGAAUGCAGUGAAGGAACCUGGGGUGUCCACUGUACAAACACUUGUAAUAAAAACUGUCCUGACCUGUGCCGUUAUGACGAUGGACUGUGCAAUAAUGCUUGCUUCGGGUAUAGUGACCCUCCCAAAUGUACAAAAGUAUGUAAAACAGGAUCCUGGGGGUUAAACUGCACUAAGACUUGCAGCAAUCAUUGCUAUAAUUCAACGUGUAAUAGUAAAUCUGGAGUCUGUGACAGAGGAUGUUUAGGAUACACUGAUUAUCCUCAAUGCACUAGAGAGUGUGAAACAGGAUUCUGGGGUUUCAACUGUGUCAACCAUUGCGACAGAUGUGUUGACUCAUCAUGCAACAGCAAAACUGGAUGGUGUGACAGGGGAUGUGCUGGCUUCAGUGAUCCUCCGUUCUGCUCUAUAUCAUGCUUAACUGGAUCAUGGGGUGUCAAUUGUACCAACAAAUGCAGUAAUAGUUGUGUUGAAUUAUCAUGUGACGCUAAAACUGGAUUCUGUGACAGAGGAUGCAUUGCUACAAACUGUACCCUGGUACUCAAGACUAGUGAAAGUUUCUCUAAAGUGACUAUUAUAGCCAUUGCAGUAUCCAUAGGAUCAGCAGCACUUCUAACAAUCGUAAUUUGUCUCAUAGUUUUGAAAGUCAAAGGAAAAUUGUGUUUUAAACGGAAAGAAAACGUCCGCAAUCUACCGCAGCCCCCAGUCGAACAAUAUGAUGAGGAUCCGUACGACCAUCUGGGCAAGCUUGAGCACGAACACUACAAUGAGAUUGAUGAGAACAAAAUCCCCAAUAGUUCAAACGUUUACCAUAUGCCAGCGAUACAAUCACGAGAUGAACAUACUUAUCAUUUACAAUUACCAGGCAUCAGAAAGGAAAAUGAUUUUUACUCGAAAGCUGAUAAUAAAGAUACUGAGAUGAAUCGAGAAAGAAACCCAUACAUUGAUGUAUUUGAUCCAAAAGAGUUGCGAGCAUCAUAUUGGUCAGUUUCUGAUGCUGAGGACAUUUCUGAUGACCUACAGUCAAAUGGAAAUAAUAAUACAGACCCUUACCAAAAGCAGAUCGUUUCAUUUUGAUGUAACAGUUCGUCAGGUUGAGACUGUAUUGAACUAUUGAUCAUCACAUCGACUGCGGAACUACAAAAAGAAACUGUUCAUAUUGUCAAAUUUCUUGUAUUCUUUUUUAAAUUACAUAUUUACUUUAACAUUAUUUUUCUUUACAAAAAUUGUAAUUUAAUAUAAAGAAUAAAAUAUUUUAUAAAAGCAAUAAUGUUAGGCAAGCUAGUAUAUCUAUAUAACGCUACGUAAGUCACAGUUGAGUAUUAUAAUGAAAACGUACAUUAAGUGAUUAUUAUUAUGAUAGCUAUGACUUGGUAAUUAUUUAAUGUGAUUUGGAUUUUGUGGUCAUGUCAGCAGUUAAUUGACCCCGCCCCCCCCCCACACACACACAGGUCGUCACAAUUAAUUAUUAUGUAUUAUUAAUUAUAUUGCUUUUAUUUACAACUACUUUCACAUGUAUAUACACUAUAUAGAAUUGAUUCCAGGUAUCUCGUAUAUGUUUAUAGUAAAUAUUAAGUAUUUUAUUUCAUAUAUAUCUGUAAAAUUACUCUGUGUAAUAGAACCUUCACAUGUGUAUACAAUAUAAAACGCCACAUGCUGGUACCUCGUAUUUGCUCGUAGUAAAUAUAAAGUAUUAAUUUUCAUAUGUAUAUUUGGUUUUUAUCAAUCACAUAUUUAUAGUAGAAACUACAAUUUCGCAAUUAAAUAAUUAACGACCAGCC